CCUACUUCGGACUAAUCCUAACAUUCUCGAACUUCUGUGUUGGACUCAAACCAACGGGCUCAGCCAUGCAUCUGCUUGAUCUCCCACGGGAGCUACUCGACGAGAUCGUCAAACAAGCAAUACUUGCACGACAGCUCAAACGUGCACUACGGCUGAGGCUCGUCAACAAGUUCUUUGCAAGCGCAGUCAUGGAGGCUAUAUACACCUACCACCUUCUCGAUUAUUUCUCAGAGGACCUCUAUGAUCGGAAAGCGAGUAAAAAGAUCGUGCUCCCCUAUUUCAUACAUCGUCUCUCUUCACCAAAGUCAGUACAUGGAUUUCCAUACCUAGAGUGCAUUCGGACCGCCGCCGAGGAAGUUCACAAGGCCAAUCAGGGCUGUGACAACUCGCAAUCGGUAGCUAUCGAAACGUAUUUACGCCCACUCUGCACAGCAGCGUUACCGCAGGGUUAUCCUCACAUGGGCGGCGACGACGUCGUCAACCUCCGUCAGAUAUACCACAGGCGUGCAGAAGUCACGGACAAGCAAUAUGAGUUGUCUCUUUUCGCCGCUGCUAUCAUCACAAACACUUUUCCCAUGAUUGAGCGGGCCAUGGAGAAGGACUAUGUGGUCGAGGCGCUUGACCCGGACACGGAUCCCAACGUAAUCUUUGGGGAAUACCUCGAAAUCGCCGCAAAGUAUGGAACGGAACACACGGUUGAGUAUCUCCUAACCAAUGGAGUUUCUACUAGUGAGAUCAAAUGCGAACAGCGCGCGACACUUCUUGCAUACGCAGCAAGGGCCGGUCGGGCAGAUAUGGUCCGGUUUAUCUACGCCUUCAAGGCGGAUGAUGACGACUUGCCCUGGGCUACAGAGACUGGCCGCAUGGCUCUGCAAAAUACCGUCGACACUCCCAGUCCUGCGAUUUUCGACUUCCUGGCGGAGCUACGCAAGCUACACGCCCUAGAGCCCCCGAAUCAACCUCUGUAUUCAUUACUCUCAACGCACUCUUGGUCUGGAAACGUGGAAAUCGUGAAGCGUCUGCUGGAAUUGAAGCCCCUAUUCCCGAAAUCGCGUCGCUCUGGAAUACCGUACUCGGAGACCCCCGAAGCAUAUUUCCUUCCAGCCGGGAGAGCUGCCUGCUGGAGGGGACACAAGGAAGUUCUCGAUUGUCUGCUGGCGCACGGAGCAGAGCCCGCGUCCCGCUUUGUCAGUGCAGCAGCAGAAUGCGGUCACCUGGAACUCGCGCGUGAACUUUUGGACAGGGGAUUUCCCGCUCCUAAAUGGCUGUUUCACAGUAGAUGCGGCGAUGUGGGACCAAUUCGUUUGCUACUUGACGCAGGCACCUCGCCUGAGUGGUUCCAUGACCCUGAUGGUUGGUGUCAUGCCUCAAGCCCCUCAUCGCUCGUGUGCGCCAUCGCGCUAGAAAACGAGGCCCUGUUCAAACUGCUGUUGGAGCGAGGUGCACAUCUGAAUAAGUGGGCUGGAGACUGUUACAUUACUGCCAAGGUCAAUGGACUGGAAUCGAUGGUUCUACUUCUGGAAGCACACGGCGUCGACAUAGAGAAGUGUGCAGCGGCGUACCAAAAGCGGCUACGCCGUCUGGAGAAAUGAGGUUUGUACCGCAUCAUUGCGGAUACUGCCUUAUCUCGACUUCGCUCGUCGACCACGCCGGGAUCGGAGGGGAAUCAUAGCGGAGUUUGCUACAGCUCAACUCUCGAAAUUU